GUUAUCACGUAAGUUGAUUUUUCUAGAUAAUAACCUUCCAUUUGGACGCUUAUAAGAAACCAACGCUGAAUAUGAUAAAACUUGUCAUUUUGGUGUCUUGUUUACUUCUCCUUGGAAGUAGAGAGGGGGAGGCAGUUACCUGUCCGUGUCCUGAUGAUGUGGAUAUUAAACCCUCUGAUGAGAACAAGCCAUCAAUAUUUCAAGAGUUGACGAAAUUGGAGAUAGAUGGAGUUUUGAAAUAUCUUCAAAAUGACUCGGGACUGGAUGUCAAACUAGGCUACGGGGCAAAAAUCUCAGAUACAAUUGUAUAUGUAAUCGAAAAGAAACCCACUCCAAAAGAUGAAGUUUUGAAUCAUAUUGAUCGUGAUGGCCGGAGGCCAGUUCGAGAGUCAAGAGUUGUAUUAGCCACGUCAUCUGGAAUGACUGAAUAUACCGUAGGGCCGUUACCUAAACCUACAUACCAUAGAAAAAUAAAAUACCCAAAGUGGAGAAAAACGGGUUUAAAAUUCACAGAUCGUCCUUAUCCAAUAGACUCAUUUGCUAUUGCAAAAACUAUUCAACGGGAAGGAAGAAAGAUGAAGCAACUGCUUCAUGAAAGUUUCAAUGGAUUUGAUUUUGAAGAUGACUGCGGUAACAAAUGUUUAACAUAUAAUGAUUUGAGAUCGAAAGUUUUACAGGGCAAUAGAUUAGUAUGGGCUAAUGUCCUACGUGUAGUUCCACCUUUAAUAGGUUCCAUAUAUGGGUAUCCACUACCUCUUCAGAUUCUAGUUAACAUGACUAGCACAGACCCCGAUUCAUGGAACGCCGCUAAAGUCUGGUACAAUGGUCAACAUUUUGAUUCUACAGAUGAUUUGAUGGCAAAUUACAUUAAUGGGUCAGUUUCAAAGAUUGCCAUGUCGUACAAUGAAUCCGAUGUGUAUUCAUCUAUGAGGCGAAGGGGAACUGGUAAAACCAGGAGAGCAAAUAGAGGACCAGAUUGUUUCCCGCAAGAUGGCAGAAGAUACUCUGUCGAUGGACAUCGUGUCAAGUAUAUGGACUGGGAAUUUGAAUUUACUUACAGGCAAACCACGGGUCCGCAACUCUUUGAUGUACAGUUUAAAAAGGAAAGAAUUGUCUAUGAAUUGAGCUUACAGGAAAUAUUAUUGUCAUACACAGGGACGACACCAUACGGCAGCCAAGCGGGUGUUUUCUUUGAUAGCGAGGCUCUUCUUGGGAACUCAUUUUCACCUCUGUCCCCUGGCGUGGAUUGCCCAAAAGGCGCAACUUACUUCGAUAGUUCCAUUUUUUCAUUUAUAUUUGGAGAAAAAGUUGUAAUCCCGAACUUAUUUUGUAUCUUUGAAUAUAGAGAUGACCAAGUUCUGAAACGUCAUUAUGACAACAAUUACGGUGGAGGGUAUGAAUUCUACGGCGGUAUGCCAAACAAUGCACUUGUUCUUAGAAAUAUCAUUUCAAGUUAUAAUUAUGAUUAUACAAUUAGCUUCAUUUUCUACCAGAACGGUGUGAUAGGUACCAAAGUUUCAGCUUCUGGGUAUGUCUUAUGUGAAUUUACUCAUCAUGAUGUGCCAAUAGAAGACCUGCUUGGAUUUAAAAUACAUGAAAAUGUGUUAAGUAUGUUCCAUCAACACCUGUUCAAUUUCAAAGUUGACAUGGACAUCCUAGGAGAAAGCAACAGUCAUGAAACGCUUGCUAUUAAAGUCAGACCAGUGACUCAUGAUGUAGUCAGUGGUAUUCAAGAGGAGACAUAUGAACAGUUCCUGAAGAGGAAGCAGAAAAGCUCUGAAAGACAAGCUGCCUACAGGUUCCAAUACAGUAAACCAAAAUACUACCUCUUCUACAACAAUGAAGCACGAAGAAGUAAGUUAGGAUACAAGCGAGCAUAUUACCUAGACAACCAAGGCGUAAGCAAAUUCCUGUUUCCAGAUAAAUGGUCAAAAAUGGGCUCAGCAGCAUGGGCAAAGUAUCAACUUGCGGUCACAAGACGCCACGAUGACGAAGACACAAGUACAACACCUUACAACACUUUUGACCAGAUAGAUCCCGUCCUGAAUUUCGAUUCUUAUAUUUCGGAUGAUGAAAAUAUAACAGACAAGGAUCUGGUCGCCUGGGUUACUGUUGGCAUGCAACAUCUUCCCAACUCUGCGACAGAUGUCCCUGUUACAACUACAUCUGGAAGUACACUUAGUUUCUACUUAAAACCGUUCAACUUUUUUGACGAAGACCCAUCUACAUCAUCGUAUGAUAAUGUUUUUAUUACACCUGGAGAAAAUGGUGAAGCUGUUGUUGAAGAGAACGAAAAUAAUGCGAAGGAAAGCUGCUCACAUCCUAAUGAUGAUCCAAACUUUGACGGAGAAUAUUGGGUAAAGCCAUGAUUAGGCUUUGAAGGACUAAACAGCAUUAAACAUUUAAAACGUGUUGCUUUAAAUGUUUAUAUACCAGAUAUAUUAAAAACUAUUUUGGUACAAUAAAAUUUACAUUAUGGACAUUAUAUAAUAAUAUUUUGUGAAUCUUAAGUUCAAUUAGUCAUUUGAGAUAAUCCAG